AUGGGAGAGAAAACUCAGGUCCAAGCCCCAUCCCAGCCUCAGACUCCGACUCCGACUCCGACUCAGACCGAACCUCAGUCUGAGACUCCUCAACCGCCUCCGCCGCCGCCGCCGCACCAUGACACCAUCGCCGCCACCACAAUCUCCGAACCGACUCCCACCGAACUCACCAAUGCUCCGCCCCUAACCUCCUCUCCCCCUUCCAAAAUCCCCUUCCGCCCCCGCAAGAUCCGGAAGCUCUCCCCCGACGGCUCCGACCCGAAACCAUCCAAAACCGCCAUCGUCGCCGCCGCCACCGCGCCUGAAAAGCCCAAGCUCAGGCCCGCCAAGUGCAAGAUCGUCCAGACACGCGCCGUCUCGGUUCCCCGAGCCGUCGGCCGGCCUCUCCGCUGCGACGGCGAGGUCGAAUCGGCGAUUCGGCAUCUCCGGAACGCCGAUCCGCUUCUGAUUCCGUUAAUCGAGGCCCACCAGCCACCGCAGUUCGACAACUUCCACACUCCCUUCCUUGCCCUAACCCGAAGCAUUCUCUACCAGCAACUCGCUUACAAGGCCGGCACGUCGAUCUACACGCGCUUCAUCCAGCUCUGCGGCGGCGAGUCCGCCGUGAAUCCCGAGACCGUGCUCGCACAGAGCGCUACUCAGCUCCGGCAAAUCGGAAUCUCCGGCCGGAAAGCCAGCUACCUCCAUGACUUAGCUAGAAAAUACCAGAAUGGAAUUCUAUCCGAUACUGCCAUUGUAAAUAUGGACGACAAGUCGUUGUUCACUAUGCUCACCAUGGUCAGUGGCAUUGGCUCUUGGUCUGUGCACAUGUUCAUGAUUUUCUCGUUGCACCGCCCCGACGUGCUUCCGGUGAAUGAUCUUGGGAUUCGGAAAGGUGUGCAGCUCCUCUACGGGCUUGAGGAGCUGCCUCGGCCCUCGCAUAUGGAUCAGCUGUGUGACAAGUGGCGGCCGUAUAGGUCCGUGGCUGCUUGGUAUCUGUGGAGGUAUGUUGAGUCCAAGGGAGCUUCUUCUACGGCCGCAGCGGUUGCGGCAGGUGCUAUAGCACCAAUGCAGCAGCAGCAGGAGGACCAACAACCGCAGCAGCAUCCUCAGCAACAGCAGCUUAUGGAUUCGCUCAGCAACCUAAUUAAUAUUGGGCAUUCUUGACGAUUUCUUCCUUUUACAUGUCAUGUGAUACAGGGCAUGUACCUGGGGACAGUGAGUGUGGGUGGAAUCGUGAACUCUGUUACUCAUCUUCAUCCAUUUUGGAUCAACGGAAGUACUUAACAGCAGUGCAAGUCUGAUUCUCAGUGUGGAAAUAUUGUUUGCUGCUAGAAGUGCUGGCAUUCAAGGCUUGUGAGGAGGAUGAGAGUACACUAAAUAUGUUAAGUAAAUUAUGAGUUUGGAUUAAUAAAUGUCUAUGAUCUAGGUUUGUUGGUCUUUAGUUUGAAAGAUACUGCUUUUUAAGUUUCUCGUACAGGAUUUGCUAUAGACUGCAAUGCUUUUAUGCCUUUGCCCUUAGGUUUAGCAUAAAAAGCACAAAAACAUCUUCCUUCUAGAUGUAUGUGGUAUGGCACUCUUGGUGAUUGUGGUUUAAAUCUAAACCGCAUCACCUGAUUUUGAUUGCCCUUAGUACCCGACAUG